AUGUCGCAACAAAAUCUUUUGUUUCACCCAAUAAUUAGUUCUAUUCAAAGAAUAGCUCUUUAUGAAACUAAAACGCGGUUCUAUCUCAUAGGCUCAAAUAAUACACAGACCAGAUUCCGCGUCCUCAAAAUAGAUCGUACCGUUUCAAAAGAGUUGGUUCUCGUUGAUGAUAAGGUAGAGUACAAUAAGCAGGAGAUCCACCAUCUAUUAAACAUGAUCGGCUUUGGCAACAGGAGCGGCAGAUCUUCAGGUUUUAAUAAACUUGUGUCGGCUUUUGGUAUAGUAGGUUUUAUAAGAUUUUUGGAAGGAUACUACAUUAUAUUAGUGACAAAAAGAGGUAAAAUUGCUGUGAUAGGAUCACAUUCCAUAUACAAGAUAGAGGACACUGCAAUGAUAUAUAUACCAAAUGAUAGCAGUAGGCCCCUGCAUCCGGAUGAGCAGAGAUACGUCAAGAUGUUCUUAGCAAUAGAUUUGUCUACUAACUUCUACUAUAGUUAUAGUUAUGAUGUCACACAUACUUUACAAAUGAACAUGGCACCACCAAGGAAGCUGGCCCCAGCUCUAUUUCCAAAGCCUGUAACAGCAGCUGUGUAUCAGUCGAAUUUAAAUAGUAACAAGGAAUGCACAUGUAAUAAGAAAAAAGAUGACGAAGAUAUUUUUGAGACUUGGAAAGCACAGUUGGAAGAGAGACAAAAUAAACCGGGACAAAAGAAGAAAUUGGAAUUUGGUGUUCGAACAGUACCUGAGUGGAGAUUUGUAUGGAACAGCCAUCUUCUUUCUGUAGUGCACUCACAAUUACAUCCAGAUUGGAUUCUAUAUAUAGUUCAUGGGUUCAUCGAACAGAGUAAUUUGAACAUAUUUGGUCGACCAAUAUAUUUGACACUCAUCGCCAGAAGGAGUAAUAGGUAUGCGGGAACAAGAUUUCUGAAGAGAGGGGCCAACAUGUAUGGUGAUGUUGCUAACGAAGUAGAAACAGAACAAAUUGUGUAUGAUGCCAUGAUAUCUUCGUUUUCAGCUGGCAGCGUGAUAUUCAGUUCGUUUGUACAAAUGAGAGGAUCGAUACCCAGUUUCUGGUCACAGGAUAUAUCCAAGAUGGUCCCAAAGCCAGCCAUCAUGAUAGAUCGUAGUGACCCAUACGCUGAAAUUCCAGCAAAACAUAUAAACAACUUGAUGCAAAGAUAUGGUUCACCCAUCAUGAUAUUAAAUCUUGUUAAGAAGAGGGAGAAGAAAAAACAUGAAUCUCUAUUAACGGAUGUUAUCAGUAAUGCUGUUAAAUACCUCAACCAAUUCCUACCACCCGAUAAACUGAUACAAUAUUUCCAUUUGGAUAUGGCAAGGAUGAAUAAAGGCGCUGAUGCAAAGGUUCUUGAUAAGUUAUCAGCGAUAGCUCGUACAGUGGUUCGUCGCACCGGCAUAUUCUUGAGUUGUAAGAGUUAUGGCGAGGAAAUGGGGGUCGAGGGUCAUCAGAAGGGUCGCCUGCAGACCGGCCUCGUGCGGGUCAACUGUGUGGACUGUCUUGAUAGAACUAACACGGCUCAGUUCGCUAUUGGGAAGUGCGUGUUGGCGCAUCAGUUACAUGCGUUGGGAUUGAUCCAGGAGCCGGUAAUAGAGUUUGAUUCUGACUGUGUCCGUCUUUUAGAAGGUCUUUAUGAAGAUCACGGGGACACGUUAGCGUUGCAGUAUGGAGGUUCGCAGCUGGUUCAUAGGAUUAAAACGUACAGAAAAACAGCGCCGUGGUCCUCUCACGGUAAUGACAUAAUGCAGACUUUGAGUCGUUAUUAUUCAAACACGUUCUCGGACGCUGAGAAACAGAACACCAUGAAUCUGUUCCUGGGUUUGUUUCUGCCGGAACCCAACAAGCCAGCGAUAUGGGAAUACCCUACGGAUUACUAUCUGCAUCAUCCGGAAACUAUGGUCUAUAUACCUAGUAGACGAUCUCUUACAAAGUGGUGGGACGACGAAGUGCUGCACUAUCUCCCUCGACCGACCAAUGAGAUGAGGAAGCUGUGCUGUGAGAUCAUCGGCUUACAAGGAGACGCGCUAGAAAUGGUCGACCCUUACCACGAGUACACGAGGCCGUUCGAGUACACCGUGUUCGAGGGCUGCUUCGAGUUUAAGAUGUACCACACACUUCGAGACCUGGCUCCAGGCGGAUUGGAAAGCUUAAGCCCGUUCGUGGUACGAGGGCGCGGUGUUAAAGGACCCAGCUCCAAAAACCCAGUCAUAAGCGGACGAUCUAGCACUACAUCUAAUAACUCAAGCGAUUCAAACAGCGACUCAACUUCAGAUGACGAUCUCACUUGGAGUCCUAGUUCCCGUCAGACGGUCACUUCCCCUGUCACGAAGAUCGUCAAACUCCUUGAAGCGUGCGAAGUGGAUGAAGAGCCUCCGCUGUUCCCAGCCAUCAAGAGACACACGAGGGUGCAGGUCAAUGAACCCUGCAAACGAGAUAUGUUGCUAUACAAGCGCUACGUGAAUUUCGAGCGUCGCUCAAAUCCCAAAUACAAGCUUGACAUACCGGUAGUUAUGACUGUAUCAAGUGCCUUCACUAUAGAUAGUUCCGUGGACGUGAUACCGCCGACCGUCUCAAGGAGCGACAGGCUGGUAUACCAGGAGUAUGUACGGAGGACAACAGGGGAAAUACACGUGCCGCAGGAAUCACAGGAGCUAUAUAAGAAAUAUGUAAACUUUACUGUCUGA